AUGUCGUCACUCGAGGCACCUUUCAACCGCUUACCAAAUGAGUUAAAACUCCAGGUAUUCGAAGAACUAUACCAGAACUCGAUGACAGGUCGACGAGACUACAUCAACGCACUGAAAGUCUGUCGCCAAUGGAAUGUGCUGGGAACGCCACUACUAUGGACUUAUAUUCCAAUCAAUGAACAUAAUAUUGUGCCCUUCCUCCGUUCACUCGAAGCGGCGCGAAAAACGACAGGCGCUCUUGUGCGCAAUCUCUCCGCGCGGCUAAGUCCACCACCCUACGAUCCCAACGCGGCGAAGGACUUGUGUCUCAUAGCUGCAUCGAAGCAACUCUCCAUACUUAUCGCCAGCCAGCUGGAAGGACUGACAUCAUUCUCAUUCGCCACCCCCCAUUGUCCAUUUGAUCCGCUCCUUCAAGGGUCCACGUUUGACGCUUCCACAGAUGAUGAUGACGAUUACGGGUUGGCAGUUCCGGUUGAACUUUGCGCCUCACUGAUCGAUUCACUGCCACUGUCCUGCUCAAGUCUUGAGUUUUCCGUGGAUGAUCUCGAGCCUGACGAGAGCAGUGCCGAGGAGCGUAUUCAGAUGCCUGCCACCAAUCCCUUUUGCGAAGCGUUGAGAAGACGAGUACCUCACCUCGAGUAUCUGCGCAUUCAGGCAGACGAAAUAUCGCCCUUUGUGUUCGAUGUACUCAUGACAGGUCCGCCUCUACCAAAGUUACAGACUUUGGUUCUGAGUCUGAUGAGUUUGAAUAUUCCCAAUCAGCUGCGCAUGCAAUAUACCCACUUAGGUCCCGCAUAUGCACCCGUAGAAGACACGGACGAGCUGGAUCCACAAGCUGACGCACUAGCCUCAUUGCAAUGGCAAAAUAUCAUCACUCAGCAGCUGCAUACAUCCUGGCAAGCCGGUCGCUUCCCAUCAGCCACACAUCUCCUCGUUGUGGGCAAUCAGGACCCCGAAUCCAUCGCAGAUCACUUACCACCGUUUGGCCGUUAUUUAAACGAGUUUUGCCUCUAUACAGUCGACAUCUUGCUUGGAGAGAUGGAAAUUACUCCAUUUGUUCCUGUCUACCACGGGUUGCGCUUCAACCACGGUCCGACCGGCAACGAGGCAGCCCGUUAUUUGAAAACAGUAAUCUACCGUGCGAGGAACGGCAAGCUGAAUAUUCUAGACCGCAACGCAGCAGGAAUACAGCUCUGUACCAGUCGACUUUGGAAGACAAGUACGACUGGUAUCCGGAUCGUGAAGGAGACCAAAGAGACGAGCAAGUACGAUCUCAAGUGGAUGGAGCCUAUGCAACAGGGCAUACCUCUCGACACUUUCUGUGAAAGAAUCAAAGCUGAGAACGGCCGAGGUGGUUUGAUGGUCGGAAACUAUCUUGAAUCUACUAUGAGCACCCUCCGCGGCGGAUGGAUCAAAAGCGGUAUUGUGGAGUGGUACAAUACAAUUAGUGACGCUACCUUGGAGCGUCUUAGACAGACAGAAGAGCAGGCAUGA